AUGGCGGCCAGCAUAAGGGGAUUCUAUAAAUUAAAUGCUUCUCUGACAAAUAACUUGUUAUUUAAAUAUAACUUUAUAAAUGGUAUGUAAUAUUCCUAACCUAAAUCUGUACUAUAUAAAUUUAAGUCGUAAUAGUAAGUUGGAAAAUUACCGCGUCGUGAAAAUUAAUUUAUGAAAAUUAUCACGAGAGGAAUGUUGUUUCAAGCAUUGAUUCCUCAAAGCUUCUGAAGUUGAUUUCUGACUACGUUUAUUUUUUGAUUUUUUUAUAGUUGGAAUUCGGCAUCUUUACACGGAACGAGAUUUAGGUAUAACGUUGUAUGAGAAUUCAAGAUUUACGUUCCGCAAUCAGUUUAUGACAAUAGAAAAUGCGUUUCGUGAGAAAAUGAAGGAAAUUUGUGAGGACGAGAAAGGGAUAAUAUAUACAGAAGAUUUAAAGGCAAUGAUACAUUUGGCACAAGCCGAAGAAAGUGAAAUGAAUUUAGUAAAUUCUAUGAUGGAGAAAUAUGUACAGAAUGUUGAAGAAAAGAAAUAUGGUAGAUACGUGUUUGGGCCAGUCAUAAUGAGAAUGUUUUAUUAUUUGAAUCAACCGCAGUAUGCUUUAAAUGCAAUUCAAAAUGAAUCUUUGAAAGACAGUUUUGAUUAUCGCACGUCCUUCCGUAUUUUAAUGUGUUUGCUCUAUAAAAAUGAUAUGUUUGCGCAAAUGCGAGAAGUAUACGAUCAAGUCUUGGAAAAGAAGGGCAUAGAGUUUAUUGGUAGUUCCAGUGUAUUAAUUUAUGCUGCGUGUUUGAAGGAGAAUACCUCAGAGUCAUUAGAAUAUGCAUUAGACCAUUGGAAACAACAGUUUGAUAAAGUACCACCUUCAGUAAGAUGUUAUACAUUAAUAGCAAUGUUAGCAAUGAAACAUAAAAAACCUGAAAUAGCUUUGGACAUAUUAAGUACAGUAAGAAUAGAUAGAAUCCUGAGUGUUAGAGGUCUUAAAAUGAUGGCUUAUGCUCAUUUGGGAAGAUACGUACAAAUAAUCCCUAUUAUGAAGUACACGUUAGAACAAGAAAUUGGUGUUUUUAAACCACAUCUCUUUUUUGCAGAUGUGAUAUGUGAAUUAGAAGAAAAAAUAAAAGAAGUCGAUACGGAAGAAACCAGACAAUUACUGGGAUUAAUAAAUCAAGCAAAGAAACAGGAUAUUAUUCAAACAGCUUAUACCCUGGAAGAAUUUCUAUUGAGACCCAUGAUAAUGAUGAAUAGAAAACAAGUGAAGGAUGACAGGAGAUUUAGGAACCGUUUCGCAAACCGACAGGGAGUUAGUAAUCCACAAUCAAACCAGAAUGAAGAACAACAGAGGAGAUCUGAAUUGAAGAGUUAUUUCUAA